AUGAAAGUCUCCGCAUUGGUUGGAGGGAUGUUCCUCCUCAUGUCUGUGAUUCCGUCCUGCUCUGGACAAAAUCCAAUAACGGUUCUGUGCUCCACAGACUGGUUCAUGGUCACUGUACACCCCUUCAUGUUAAACAGUGACGUGUAUGUGCACUUCAGCAAGUUAUAUUUGGGCCACGGUUGUCCAGCCAAUCACGUUCAGCCACAUGCCUACCACUUCACCUACCGCGUAACUGAAUGUGGUAUCAGGGCUAAACCGGUCUCUCAGGACAUGAUUCUCUACAGCACCGAGUUGCAUUAUACUUCCAAGGGCACGACACCCACGCACACGAUCCCAGUGUCCUGUGUGGCUCCCCAGCGAUCCCCAUGGCUCACUCCAUCCUACACUGUGAAUGUAGCCAGCGGCGGUGGGGCCACGGCCCAGGAUGAUGAGCCAUCCUGCCAAGUGUUUGCAUUGUCACAGUCCAACCAAAGGGCCAGCUGUGACUGUCCACCUUGCGUCUUCAGUCAAGAGAAGCCACUAUACUUCGUUGAUAAUUCAGAAGAUUGGUGUCUUCGAUCAGAUGAUCUGAUUAGCUCUUUAUAA